UAAUCUAGCCAGCACUGUGUGGGUCGGAUAAUGCAUUCUGGUAUGUUUCCAAUAUUACAUAAAAAUAAAACUAUUUGUCAGUGACACAGAGUCGCAUCACACUGCUGUCUGCUGAUAUUGACUCUCUGCGGUUAAAGCGCAGGGGAACACGGCUCAAUCAGAUUAGUGGGUAAAUGGAUUGUGACGUCAGGGUUUAGGAAGCGUCGCGUUGACUUCACGCACAGCACACGCGCGCUUCACCCGGACGCACGCAGACCGAGCUGUUCUCCUCCCGCAGACAGACGCCGGCGGCAUGAGCUGAGUCCACCGACACCGACACCGGCCUGAAGCACAAACAGCAGAAAUGACCGCGUAUCUGGAGAUAGCAGAUGACAGCGAGGGGCACGAGCUGAGUCUGUUCUGUGUGCCGAAACACUACGAGGAGGAUCUGGACAGUGUCAUUAUCCCCAGCGGGCUCAUUAAAGACAGGAAUCUCUUGACUGACAUUUUUGGCAUGGCAUCAGCCAGCUUUAAUGAAUGCAUUCAUGUGAAAACACUCUGCAGGACUGAGAGGUUGGCCAGAGAUAUCGUUCGGGACAUGGGCGGCCAUCAUAUCGUGGCCCUCUGCGUUCUGAAAGGAGGGUACAAGUUCUUCGCGGACCUGAUGGAUUUCAUCAAGACGUUGAAUCAAAACAGCGAUAAGUCUGUGCCGCUGACUGUGGACUUCAUCCGGCUGAAGAGCUACUCGAAUGACCAGUCGACAAACUGUGUGAAGGUUAUUGGAGGAGAUGAAUUAUCUGCCCUUACUGGCAAAAAUGUGCUCAUAGUUGAGGACAUUGUAGAGACGGGCAGAACUAUGGAAACACUGCUCAAACUAUUAAAUGAAUGUCGUCCUAAAAUGGUGAAGGUCGUCAGUUUACUUGUGAAACGGACCCCCAGGAGCUCAGGGUACCGUCCAGACUAUAUUGGAUUUGAAGUUCCUGAUAAAUUCCUGGUGGGAUAUGCUUUAGACUACAAUGAAUAUUUCAGGGAUUUGAGUCAUAUCUGUAUAUUAAAUGACAGAGCGAAAGAGAAAUAUAAAGUGUGAUAUGACACCCACGUCCUGGAUGCAUGAAGACAAAGAUCACUGUGAAUUAUUAUUAUUAUUAUUUUUUGUUAUUAUAAAAUAAUUUUUCUACAUGCCAUCUGGAAUGAAUAAUGAGCUCCUGAAACAUGGAUUCCCAAAGAUCAGUGAUCACAGUUUAGUGUUGCAGUGAAUGAGAGCGAGUCUUGAAUCUAAUUUGAAUGGUCGUUACUGGGAGUGGCCUCUUUGUGGAUUGUUUGGACUGAGGCCUUAGCUAAAUUGAUUUUAUGUUGGCUAAUACAAGUUUGGAUCUAGAGCUCAGAGACAUCAGAGUUGAUCACGGUUAGCUGGUUAUUGUUAUUAAUAUAUUGUCUCCAGAUUAUCAACACACUGAGUUAUUGAAAUUUAGUUUUUUUUUUGCUUACAAUAAAGUAUCACUGACAAUGCU